GCUGCCACUGUGCCACCCUCACCGUCAGUAGUGCCACUGCUCUCCACGCUUGAGUGUGUGUGCGUGCGUGUGUGUGUGUGUGUGUCUGUGUCUCCUGCCCGGGGAGACCCUCUGUUAACAGUGCCAGAGCCUCUGUUGGUUGCGUUAGAGCCUCUGCUAGCAGUGCUGCAGGACAAGAGCCGUGACUAGCAGAAGCAAAUUCACUAGUAGCAGUGACAUUACGAGGAGAGAGUGUGGUGGUGGGGGGACCAGGCGGGGGACAGUGUUUGUGAGUUAUACCACUACGGCCAGUGUGUGAUCCUUGACCCCAUGAGGACGACUAUGUCGCCAGAGGUCGUUCUCCACACCAGCGACACCACCGGCUCCGCCCUCCUCCUACGACCUCUCCACUCCUGUCUCCGUAUCCACUAUCCACGCGGUAGACCGUCUGCCGUGGCUGCCACCCGCUGCCAUCUUCUCCCCGCUGCCCACCAGCUGCCAACCAACACGACUCCCGAUGCCUCAAGGCCCCGCAGGCGCUCAUUCAGCAGCUGAAGAUGGAAUGCUCGCGGCCGCUCGUUCUCCUCACUCGUGUCUGCCUGUCUCUCCGUCGGUUUUUCUCGGUGUCGGACGCAGACUGGGGCGCUGGCAUGGACUUGGGGCCGGGUCUUCCCCACGGCUAACACGCCCAAGCGCUCCCGUCGCCUCGCACUCGCCUCCGUCGCCUGCAGCCACCACCAACGAAACUUUUGAGCCUCGUAGGUGAGUCUCCAGCAGACAGUGUACGCAGCCACCGCAGAAAGUUAUGUGUUGUGCUCCGAGUGGUUGCCGGUGGCCAUGCCGGUUGCCUCAGUGAGUGAUGAAUGCUUGCUGUCUGCAACAGAAGGGACUGUGUGCACUGUGGCAACUCUCUCGCGUCUCCCUGUGGCAACUCUCACCGCUGUGGACUUUGACCCGCCGGCACCUCGACGGCCGCCCUCAAGAUGGCGCCAGAACGCGGCCGCGGCUCCAGACACUCCCAGCAGCACGCCCCGCACAACUACCACUACGUCAAGACCUUCGGAGAACGCCUCAAGGACUGCUGCCGGUCCACCAUAGCCUUCAUCUUCAGCAACGUGGGCGUCUGCGGCCUCAUGGUCGGCUACACCAUCGUCGGCGCCUUCAUCUUCUCCGCCAUCGAGAGCCAAGACGACGUGUCCAUCAACGCCGACCACAUCCGCAACCAGACCAUCGAGCAGCUGUGGAACAUCACCGUGAGGUACAACGUGCUGGACAAGAGCAGCUGGAGGGCCAACGUGUCGCAGAUCAUGGUCAAGUACCAGCAGGCCAUCGUCACCCUGGUGGGCGACGGCUGGAGCGGCGGCAACACCACGCUACCCAACAAGUGGUCCAUCGAGGGAGGCUUCCUCUACUCUCUCACCGUCAUCACCACCAUAGGAUACGGCCACAUCUCCCCGAACACCGACCUGGGCAAGAUCAUCACCAUCCUGUACACCGUGUUCGGCAUGCCGGUCUUCCUCCUCUACAUGGCCAACAUGGGCGACAUCCUGGCCAAGAGUCUCAAGUGGACAUACGCUAAGCUCUGCAUCUGCCGCCGGCCCGAGGCCAGGUUCGACACGUCGGUGGCCUGGCGGUCGGCCGAGGCUACGCUCCGUGCUCCGGCCGGGCCCUCGUCCUACCAUCCGGACACCCAGAACCAAACCGGCUACCCGCCGGAACUGGGAGAAGAGAUCUCCAUCGACACGGCUACCUGGAGUGCCGGCCACGCCGACAAGGUGGACGUUGGCUCCGUUAACAUACCCAUCAAGGUGUCCUUUGUCAUCAUGGUGGCUCUUCUGUACGGUGGCACCUUGCUCUUCGAGAAGUACGAGGGCUGGGACCCACUCACCUCUUUCUACUUCUGUUUCAUAUCCCUAACUACUAUAGGUUUCGGUGACUAUGUUCCUGGGUUGUCGCUCCACCCCACUGAUGACGAUGAGAAAGGAAUGAGUUUUAUAUACUGUUCUCUCUACCUCAUGUUCGGUCUAGCGUUACUUUCCAUGUGUUUUAACCUCAUGCAGGAGGAGGUGGUGCAUAAGAUAACGGCGUGUCUCAAUGCAAUUCGUUUUUUCAAACGAAGGGAAACGGACUAGAUAACCCUUUAGCUUACCCCCCUAGAAAAUGUUCCAAAAGCCUUUAUUCCCAUAAUGUGAGCGUGACGCCCUCUAGAGGCGGCGGCGGCUGCUGGCUAUCGCAGGUUCUUGGCCGCCCACGAUACAGGGGCUGGCUGCUGUUACUGCUACUGCUGCUGCUGCUGCCUGGGCUGCGUCCUCCCUCUUCAAAUGACAAGCCAUCCACCGACACAACGUACUCCGCAGUCCAGUUCAUGCCGGAUGAACCGGCACGAACCCUGUGCCUUACCUAUAAAAAUAGUCAAAUUCCAGAGGAUCCUAACCUCGCCAACGUAUUUACUCAAUGAUUCCUUCCUCGAGUUCCAGGUACGCCUCAACCAGAAGUCUUGGCGGCUUCCGGCCAGUUAAAGGAGUUAUGACGGCCUCUCACAGCCUACAAGGAGGAGCUGAAGCAGCUUCUCACAGCCUACAGGAGCCAUGGGAGCCUCCAAAGCCUACUCGUACAGCCAAAGUGACGUCUCGUAGCUUAUAUAAACGAACUUCGAUGAGAAGCGUCCUCCUUCCGUGGGAUGUUUCAUCUGGGAUUACUGCAACUUGAUUAAUGAGGUAACUUACCGAUCUUAGCCACCCCAUAAAGCUCAUUAUUCAACGUAAUGUGUGGAGCUUACCGGCCACAUGGCCUCAGCUCUCUGGACUUCAAAGAGUGAUUAAUACUCGUCUUAUCGACAGCUGCUAAUCUGGCGGAUCCCCCAACUCACUGUUGACAUAUAUCAUAGGGGAAUAUUCUUGACUCUUCAACCCCUUAGGGUUAACGAGCGUCAGGUCAUAAAACAUUAGCCCACCUAUCAAUAAGGCCGAAGAUGGCAGGGACCCUCCACUUAAACCUGAUCUUAAAUCUCUCUAUAUUCUAUCGAUCUGUUUAUAGAGAAACCAAAAUUCUCAAUGGUGGCAGCGGGUCGGAGUCCACCAAUAUGUAUAUCCAGACAUCAUGGACACUACUCGGACCGACAUCUCAGACUGGUCUCCUAGUACUCCCGGAAUACUGGAGUACUCCCGGUACUCAGAUCUGGAGUACCGGGGUAGAUCAUCCACACCUGUCACACUCCCAUGCAUCACAUGAUCAACUUACAUCAACCCAACUCCUAAUCGUCUUCUCCCACGGUUCGUCAGGAAGGGCCUAUGCUUGCCAAUGAUCAGAAGCACAUCUCGACAGUGGCUCAAAGAUGUCACUAUAAGCCCGUACGUUAUAACUGUGACCCGAGGGGACCCGUGGUCCGGAGGAUCUACCCGAGGGGUCCCAUAGUCCGGAGGAUCUACCCGAGGGGUCCCAUAGUACGGAGGAUCUAUCCGAGAGGUCCCAUAGUCCGGAGGAUCUACCGGAGGGGUCCCAUAGUCCGGAGGAUCUACCCGAGAGGUCCCAUAGUCCAGAGGAUCUAUCCGAGAGGUCCCAUAGUCCGGAGGAUCUACCCGAGAGGUCCCAUAGUCCGGAGGAUCUACUCGAGGGGUCCCAUAGUCCGGAGGAUCUACCCGAGGGGUCCCAUAGUCCGGAGGAUCUACUCGAGGGGUCCCAUACUUGUUCUCGAGGCCGGUGACCCAACAAUGCUCUGAAUAAAACAUAUCAUUUUUGCCUAUGCUGUCCUAUGUGUUAUAUAUAUAUAAUGUUCCUUCCUCCUAUAUAUCCCAGGACAGAUCUUGUAUCCCGAGGGCGUGGCAGCCCUCGAGAUAUCCUUCUCCAUGGGAUGUCGUUACCCUUGGGCUUCCACUGUCCGAUGGGCUCGGAAUAACCACUUACGACCACACGUACGACAUCUGUGCAUUCACAAUCAGGACUUAGUCUGCAGGCGAUGAGUCACAAUAACGUGGCUGAAGUAUGUUGACCAGACCACACACUAGAAGUUGAAGGGACGACGACGUUUCUCUUGCCUAUUUAUUGCCUGUCUCUACCUCCUUAUCACAAUCGACUUGUGAUUGUGAUAAGGUCCAGGACGGACCGAAACGUCGUCGUCCCUUCAACUUCUAGUGUGUGGUCUGGUCAACAGGACUUAGUCUGUAUUUACUCAAGAGUUUAUGAGCUGUUAAGAGCUGUGAGGUCACCAAAAAAGGUUCUUAUUGUUAAUAGAUAACUUAAUAACACUUUGGAGUUCGCUACUUUUUUUUUUAGUAGAUACAGACUAAGUCAGGAUGGAGGUGGUACAGAUGUCUUAAGUGUAUACUUAAGACAUCCCUUUGUGAAUCCUGGGCCAGACAACUGCUUCCCUGUGGUCUGACACACACGCUUACCAGGCAUUGUCACCCUUCGGGCCAUCAGGAUAAUAUUCGACGCUCUGUCAGACUCAGGGUCGUGAGGGUAAUAGUUGACGCUCUGUCAGCCUCAGGGCUGUCAGGAUAAAUAGUCGAGACUGCCAAUACCAUCGACAAAUAACAUUACAUGAUAUCUCAUUGAUCUCGGCAUCUAACACACUGGCACUGAGUGCUGCAUACAACAACUCCAAAUAUGUUUUAUAUAUAACAUUAAGAGAAUCAAGUGAUUGUUUAUGUUAAAAAGAAUGUGUACGUUAGAGAGAGAGAAUGGUAGUCUGUAGAGUUUUAAUACGGUACCACAACCAGGAAUUUUCAAAAUUUAGUUAGUUUUGUUUUUAAUAUUACAAUAAAGCUUAGAUUUUUAUCCUUAUGUGAAGGGAAUCUAACGACUCCAAGUUUCUUUGUUUUAUAAUUUAUAAGUCGCCGACGACUGCACAAAAAAUACCAGCAAUACAGGAGUGUUGCCAACUAGACAUUUAUGUAAUGAUUUUGUUUGAUUAAAUACAAGUAACUGGAAAAUAUAUACAAAGUUACAUGAUUAAUUGAUCUCAAUCUAAUGACUUUUCAACUAAAUUUAAAAAAAAAGCUAGCAAAACAAACCAGUAUUUUUUUGUAACAUAAGUCUUAGUAACAAUGGUGAUGUUCUGAAGGCUAAACAUUAUCACAUAAAUCUGAAGAUAUUUUCCACAAAUAACAGGAUUGGUCCCCUUUUGCGAUUAUCUACAGCACCCUACUGCUGGUUCAUGCAGUAAGGUAGUGCUGCUCCUCUUAAUGCAGUGUCGUUUAAGUGGUCUGACCUGGGUUAUCUUGAGGUUAUCUUGAGAUGAUUUCAGGCUGGGGUGACUUGGCCUGACCUGGGCUGACCUGGGGGGACUUGGCCUGACCUCGGCUGACCUAGGGGACUUGGCCAGACCUGGGUUGACCUGGGGGGAUUUGGCCUGACCUCGGCUGACCUAGGGGACUUGGCCAGACCUGGGUUGACCUGGGGGGAUUUGGCCUGACCUGGGCUGACUUGGGCUGACCUGAGGGGACUUGGCCUGACCUCGGCUGACCUGGGAUACCCUGAUGUAACUAGUUUAACCUGAUAUGAAGUGUUGUGACCAGGUUAUGACCUCGCUUGACCUGACGUGACCUAGGGCUCACGCCCGCCUGCCUGCGGGCCACGAAGACACUCCGUCCUCCACCUGUUAUACUGAUUUUAUAAAUGUUCCUCCAUUAA